GGGCACUUUCAAAGUGGUUUCCUUCUGAACCUCGUUUGCGAUGGUACAAGUACCAGCUAGUAGGUGCCUGAACGACAAGGCUGACGACGACUAUGGCGAAGCAGAGUCCAACGAAGCUUGCCUACUUCGAGGACAUGUACGUGCUUCAGUCCACCGCCAUCUUCCUCUCAUUCGAGCAGGUAGAUGGCCGAUUGGCGAUGAUCCUUGAUUCAACCAUCUUCCACCCUCAGGGUGGUGGGCAGCCGGCUGACAAAGGGGUCAUUUUCUGUUCGGGCUUCACGUUCGUGGUGGAGGAUGUCCGGUCCAACAAUGGGGUGGUCUUUCAUUUUGGAUACAUUGAUAACUCUCAAGCUAACUGUGAAUCCAACCUCAAAGAGAGACAAGAAGUUACCUUACAAGUCGAUGCACAACGACGUGAUCUCAAUUCCAGAUUCCUUAAGGGUUCUAGGCAUUCCAUAUGGCCCAGAUGCAUGAUUUUCAUCCUGGGGAUUCAUUCUGCUGGCCAUUUAUUGGAUAUUUGUAUGCACAAUGUUGGCUUAUCUCAUUUAAAGCCUGGAAAAGGUUAUCAUUUCCCUGACGGGCCAUUUGUUGAAUAUGUUGGAGUAAUCUCCCCAGAUCAACUGCAGAUCAAACAAAAAGAGCUUGAAGAAGAAGCAAUUUCUUUAAUCAGUAUUGGUGGAAAGGUUUCUGCUUCUGUUCUACCUUAUGAUGAAGCUGUCAGGUGGUGCAACGGUGAUCUCCCUAGUUACAUUUUGAAGGGCAGCACCCCAAGAAUUGUGAGGCUGGGUAACAAUGCCGGAUGCCCUUGUGGAGGAACUCACGUUGCUGAUAUUUCAGACAUUAAAAACUUUAAGGUUAUGGGAUUGCAGCAACAAACAAUAGGGAACAGGAGGGGUCGCGACAACAACAUGGAGGAGGCUGGACUGGAGUUGCAACAACAAGCAAGAAGGCUGGAGGGGUUGGGGGCCACGACAGCUAGCAGGAUGUGGGAGCGUAAAGAGAUAAGUGAAGUUAAUCACCAACUUGGAGCAAGAUAAACUAUAACCCUAGAAAGGGAAUAGACGCCGACGACAGAUAACCCAAAUUCGAUCAAAGAAAGGAACCACAAAGGUCAGCUACAGCAUCAACCCAUGAGCUCUCUAUUUCUC